UUGCCUCUGGCUGCAAUCACUCUGAAAAUGCUGGGGAUAUGUAAGCAGCAAGAGCCUUAUUUUGAUUAUAAUCUCAGCCUGGACUAUGCUCACAGGAAGGUUGGACCAUAAUUUGCCAUUUGUAAUGGAUAACAUUUUAUGAUGAGAUUUUCUGAUGGGGAGGAGCAAUGGGUUUAAUUUGAUAUACAGCAUGAAAUGGGGGUGGGGGGGAGGGGGUUUGAGUGAAGCAAAGACAAAAAAAAUGGGUCUUUUGUGGUGUGGUGAAGAAAUGCAGAACAGACGAAGAGCUGGUGGAUGGAGGCUCUCAAUUCUCACCCAAGGAGCCUCAAACGCAACGAGAUUAUGAAGAUUUGACAUAUCUGCUGGGAAGCAAAAAACAGUGGCUACAUAUUCCAAGCCAGGAUUAGUCGCCUUUCCAUUUCAGCUCCUUUGCCCUGGCCUCAAACAUGAGGCUAGAGCGCGGGCGGCGAGCUUCCCUGGCAAUUACCCUCAACUUUGUGGCUUUGGCUUUUGCCGUGUCAGCUGUCACCACCAGCUACUGGUGUGAGGGGACCAGGAAGGUGCCCAAACCCUUCUGCUCAGGACCGCCUAUGAAAAUGAAACAGUCGUACUGCAUCCGCUUCAACAGUUCAAACCUCAACGACAGCCGGCAGGUGCAAUAUAUCUUUGAGACAGGAGAGGAAAAGUUUAUUCUGAGGAAGUUCCAUACUGGAAUAUUUUUCUCCUGUGAGCAGGCUGCUGAUAUGAACGGAUUUGACUGUCGAAGCUUUGCUGAGAUUGCACCUGAACAUCAUAGAGGUGUGCUGUGGCUGUGUGUCGUUGCAGAGAGUCUGUACCUCGGUCUGCUCUUCAUAGGCGGAGUUCUCCUGAUUAUGGAGCAGGGUUCCUGCUUCAGCGUCAUGAACAAGUUAAAACUCAGUGCCUUCGCCGCCAUGUGCACUGCUCUUUCAGGCCUUUGUGGGAUGUUAGCCCACAUGAUGUUCACCACCAUAUUCCAUCUUGCUGUCGCUAUCGGACCUGAAGACUGGAGGCCCAAGACUUGGGACUACAGCUGGUCUUAUGCCUUAGCCUGGUGCUCUUUUGGCACCUGCAUGGGCUCUGCAGUGACAACCCUGAACAGGUACACAAAGACCAUCAUAGAGUUUAAAUACAAGAGGCACAGCAUUGAGAAGAACCUGAUGAUCAAGCAGAAGAUGGUGGAGCUGGGUCUGCCUGAGCAGAUGUGGGACAUGUACUUGACUGCUGUUCCGGGUGAGGCGGAGGUACCACCAGAACCCUUGGUAAAUGGCCACAAGCCUUCGACGGGAACGCCGUAUGUGUUUGAAGAAAUGGAUCAACCACCAGAACAACAAGUGGAGGCAUACUGUUAAAAACACUGCAUGAAAAAGAAAGAGGAUAUUGACUCUUUUUGUUCUCUGCUUCAAAGCUCAUUUGUAUCUGCAAGAUUACAACUAAGACAGCACCCUUCUGCAUGAACUUGAGUGGAAUUUGCAGGUUUUUGUCCAAGAUGCAUUAAAACUGUAAUUUGCUGCAGAUGCACUGGGAUGAACAGCGGUUCUAAGAUUUAUGAACUAAACAAUCUGUGGUGUGUCAAGGUUGCAUCGCUGAAAUGGAGCAGGACACAAAUAAGCAAAACUGUCUCUACAGCAUUUCCUGAAUGCUGAUGGAGUUAAAUGGCUGGAAACAGGCAAAGAUGGAUACACUGACCUCAAACUAUUUUAUUUUUCUUAUUUUUCUUUUUCUUCUUUUUCUUUUUUCGGGGGGGGGGGGUCGCCUCUGUUGGAAAAUGGGAAUUAAAAAAAUGCUAAUUAUGUGAGUGGCAGCUAUCUUUGAAACAUUCGUUGAAAAGCCUGGAAAAGUAAAGAAUAUUUUUUUUAUAUUUUACCAUUAAAUCUGGGACUAUGGAAAAAGCUUCAGAUCUAAUUUCCAUCCUCUGUUUUAUAAAAAACUAAAACUUAUUCAUGAUUUAUAAAUGGAGUCAAACAGGGACCUUUUUUACAACUGUUUGCGACUCACUCAUUUUGAACUCAAGUGAUAAGGUUGCAUCAAUGUUUUUUUAAACUGGUCAGAUUGCAAGGUCCAAACAAAGCACAAUGCAAACUGGGGGUUUCACUCCAGCUUUAACUCCAAUGCUCAUUAGACAAUUCUAAACCUCAUAUUCUGAAACAAAUCUGAAUUAUUUUAGUUCACAUUCCAAAAGCAUUAAAAUGACCCCAAACUUCAACACUCAAAGCCAAUUAUUGGAGGCUACAGAAAAGCGUGUUUUAAAAAAAGGAAGAAAAAAGAAAAACAAAAAAGUAAAACUUCAAUGAAAACUGGAAAUUUAAAUCAAAGGUUUUAAAAAGUAUGGUCAUUUUAAUUGUAAUCCUUAAGAGUCUAGCAUUAUCUCCUUACAUAUGAUUUCCUAGAAGUUGAUUUAUGUUAGUUUUCCUGUUAUGAAUUUAUUUGUUGUUGUUGUUUUUUCGCUUGUUUUAGGACUGAAGGAUCCGAAAGAUCAAAAAGAGGCCAAGCAACAGAUGUAACAGACAGAGAGCAUCACUAUUUAAACCAAACUCAGGGUUUCUUAUAAAAAUAACAUUUGUUUGAACCUUAUGUGGUCUGACUGUGAGAUCCUUUCACACAUUUGUGUCUCUUUAUGUCAGGACAUAAAGAGACACAAGGACUUGACUUCAUCUUCUACUGAUGGCUCUCAAUAAAUAAAAAGAAUUUCUGUUGAAUGCUUGUGUUGGAAAAAAAGAUUGCAAACAGAGCAUAAGCAAAUGUGGUCAUAAGUUUACAUUCACAAGGAUAACCUUUUAUUAUGCCAUAUUUAAAAAAUGUCAGGUGUGUGAGCAGCAAAUAAGGGAACAUUUUUACAACAUCAGUGGAUCACAUCCCUGCACCUUCAGAUGCGGAUGGGUGGGUCUCUGACUGUUGUUUCGGGCCAUAGGCCAAGCACGGGUAUGAAGUACUAGGCCUUCUUAAGCCAUUUUCCUACUGAAAACUCUGUUUUUUUAAAUCCAGUCGUUGACCCACUAACAAUCUGCUCUGGCUCUGUUCCCAUUUGACCGAAAAGCCGAGUCUGACCCCCUGCUAGAAAGCUGCAUGGCCACUGUCCCCCACCACUGCGUGUCUGAUCAUGGCAUAACGCUGGGAAAGCAUUGUUGAUGUCAACAAUGUGACAGAAAUCAGAGAAGUAACUAAUAGACAGCAACAUGGACAGCGUCCAGAGCAUAGUCAUUCUAUAGUAUUCUUUAGUAUUUGGCUCUUUUAUCGGUCUGAAUCCCUCUUACUAGUGCAGCGCUAUGUUUAUCAAAUGUAAACAGAGUUCUUGCGGCUUGUUAGAUCAGAGGCGACUGGCGUAGUGUGUUGACAUCCGUAAAUUAAGUUCAAUGGUGUCACGUAACUUAGUAGGUCAACCCGGGACUAAAGUUCACACAGCACACGAGUCAGAGCUGAGUGUCUUUUUUUUGGCCAGUGUGAAAGGGGUAUUAGUGUCACUGACGUGGUAGAUAUCGUUAUAGAUCAAACCUUGCUGGGGGACUUCAAGAAACAUCAGUGACAGAAACAACAGUGAAACCUGAAAAGUGUCAUCAGAAAGAGAAACAGACACUCAACUCUGAACAUGACACGCUAGACCAAAGGUCAAUUAUCUUUGUUGUCGUAUAUUCUGACCUUCAGUCGCAUGUCUUGGGUGAUGAGAGGAGUUGAGCUAUCCAGAGAUGAGCACCUGUUGAAGUGUUGGAUAUGCUUGAAGAACACAGAAAGACUUGGCAGGCCAAAGGAGUAGUGAGAUCCUGCUGGGAAUACCUGGUUUAGUCCUGUUUCAGGGACAAAUGUAACUCCCACCUCUGAGCUUCUCCCAGAUUAUGUGUAUGUCUGGGAACAUGGAGUCACCAUGUCUGGAUUACGUUCUAUAGCUGUGGCUAUUGUCUGUGGUACCUGUUUAGCAGCAACCCCUUAAUCCAGUGGAGGACACUGAUAAUUUUGGAUGCAAUCAAGCUGAAUAUUCAGUCCUAUACAGCCUGGUUUGCUUGUGGGGCUCCUGAGGAAACGAGGAGGUAACAUGAGACCAAGUCUGCCGCGGCCUAGAUGGUUGCCUAAGCAAAAACUCUGGCCUGGGAGGUGUUUGGAGAGACAAUCAAGAAAGACUAUUAGUCAGACUCAAAAGAAUUAUGGUAACCUUUUCAGUGCCUCUGGAGGGGAAGCAGUGCUUUGCUAAUGCUUUUUAUCAUUAGGAGUGGGGAGCUGCUGACCUUGACUGAGGACAUUUUUGGACUGUGCAAGGAACACAUUGAGGGUCUCCUCAAACUGGCUGUAAUGCCUGCCCUGGUGGACGCGGAGGAUGGGUGGUCAGAGCCACACUUAUUUAUCAAAAACAAAAAACUCCAUUGAGCCAAGGAUUCAGGGUUGGAUUCCCUAAUUACCUUUGGUCUCUAGAUGUUGUUGAGCUGUUGAGGUUGACAUUCCUCUACAACAUUGUAUGGCAGUCAGGGACAGUGCCCCUGAACUGGCAGACUGAGUUGGUGGUCCCUGUCUACAAGAAGGGAGAUCGAAAGGUGUGUUUCGACUACAGGGGAUAACACUUUUCAGCCUCAUCAGGAAAACCUAUGUCAGGGUGCUGGAGCGGAGAGCCUAUGAGGCUAACUGUUGAAUAUUAAUGCUUGGCUCCAGUAAGAGCAGUGUGCUUUUACUGGCCAUGAAACCCUGGAGUGGCUCUACACCCUCAAGGUUGAUUGGAUUUAACCUAAACGGUCCACGUUUGCUCUGUGGGCUAGGUACCAUCCAGUAGCUGAAAGCGGGGCAAGAGUCUGUUCGGUUGCCUGUAUUAAGUUUUACCUGUCCGUGGUGCAUGCUUACUCCUGCAGGGCUUCCCUCUUUCACUGGUCCUGUUCAUAAAUUUUAAGGAUCAUUGGCUUUCUCCUGCCAAGAUCUAUGGACCAGUUCGCAGCCGAGUGCGAAGUGGCCAGCAGGAAGAUGAGCUCCUCCAAGUCCGAGUCCAUGUGUCUUAAUUGGAAAAAGGUGACUCGCCCUCUUCAUGUUGGAGAAAAGUUCCUGCCUCAGCUGGAGGAGUUCGAGUCUCUUAGGGUCCUGUUCACAAGUGAGAGGAAAAUGGAGCAGGAGAUCAAAAACAGAUCGGUGAAGUUGCUACAGCAAUGCAGACGCUCCAAUUGUCUGUUAUGGUGAAAAGAGAGCAGAGCCAAAAAGGCUAAAUUCUCAUGAGUUAAAGAGAAGGAUCCUGGAUACUAGUGGCUAAAAUGAAUAUCCCCCGCAGGUUGACUAUUAAAAGCUUUGCCGUCCGGUAGAGGAUCUGAGUGGAGGUGCUUCUCCUCCACAUUGAGAGAAGUCAAUUGAGGUGGUUCAGACCUCUUCUUCGGAUGCCCCAUGGACGCAUCCCUCAGGAGGUGUUCCAGACAUAUCCGACCAGGAGGAGGCCCAGGGGGAUGGUUGGACUAUAGCCAACUAAGGAACCGAACUAACUGACUGAAGCUCUGCACAGAUUUUUAGUUUUCAGAGGGUAGUGUAAGUGGUGCUCAUGUCCCUCUCAGUAAGUCUCUCUCAGGUGGACUUUCUCACUUAAAAAUAGAUUCAAACUACUUUUUACCCACUUAUCACAGCAAAUAUACCUGCCAUUGUUACAGGCAAAGAAAGGAUAGAGUAGCUCCGCCUAACGUGCUUCAGACCCACUUUUUUUUACCGCACAGCUAGAGCAGCGAAGAUGCUUCAGUUCUGCGUCAGAACUAAACUUUUACAAGCAUCAAAAAUGAAGCAGCAUGUGCACUUUGCUGCUCUUGCUGUUUUAGGUGUGAAUAUAGCAUAACAGUGCCUAACUUCCAGCCCAUUGUUCAUGUGUCAGGGUACGUACACAGGGGGAGGGACAAGCAGACGACCAUGAUUGACGUGUCAGAAACCAAUAGUGUACAACGGACCGUGUUUUGUGAUUGGCAGGGGUUACUCAUUGAUUUCACACCAGAGCGGGGACCAUUUAUUUUAUGCUCACUUCCAGACCUUCUAUUUCCCUGCUUGCUAAGCAGCUGUGGGGAGAUCUUCAAGCCACAUAUUAAAAAAUGCAUCAGAAAAGAUCUCCUACAGCACCUUUCUGUCUUUAAAAAAUAUAAAAUGUAUACCUUUCACUCCUAACAUAGUGAAAGGUAUACCUACCACUUCAAACGCAUAGACAUACACAUACAGAUAUACAUCUACUCUCAUGGGUUUUUCUAUUCGACAAAGUAUUAUUCCAUCCAACAAGUCUCAGAGCAGUCUUGUUUAUCACAGCAGUUUGAUGCAGACAAACUACUAACUUCAUUCAAUCAUGAUUACCAAGGAGAGUUAGAUAAACAAUAUGAGUGCUCCCAAUUCUUGUUUUUAAAUGUAACUACAGUUGUAUGUGGUGAAAUCAGUCCAACAUGAGGAACAACCAGCUUUAAUAAAUAAUUGAAAGCCCCAAGUUAUUAUAAAAUUAAUAUUCAAAUUAGGUGACUGUUUAUAUAUAUGAACGUUCCUUGAAUGCAACUGUCCUGCAGCUUAGGCAUGCGUCCUGCUCCAACACACCUGAAACAAAAUGCCAAAUUACCUCCUUGACAUGUGGGUAGGCUUACCAGAGGCCUAGACAUUAUCCAAUCAUUUGUUUCAGGUGUGUUGAAGAAGGGAUGCAUUGAAAAGCUGCAGGACAGUGGGACUGAGGACCAACAUUGCCUACCCCUGGUUUACCUGAUGUCAAUGGGCUUGCUUUCUCAAUAAAUAAAACCCCAAUUCAGAAAUGUGUAUGUAUGUAACUACACUAUGAAGAUAUAUAGUAAAGCGCGGCUUUUAGAUUCAUUCAAUGUGAGCUCUUCAAAAAGCUCAAAAACGGCAGAGAAAAUCCUAUUCACAUCUGUUUACAGCAUCCGGUCUCUGAUCGUUUAGUUUCUCAGUUCAUCUCUUUCUGAUGGACCAGCUGUUGCAGUGGUACAUUUAAUCCCACUCGACUGCAACAAUAUAAGCCACAGUAUGAUCUUAUUGUUUUAUUCUAGGCUAAGGAUGAGAACAAAAUGAUGACACAAUUGAAGUUGCUUAUCAACUCGUGUACAAUACAGCUCAUGAUGUUUGGAAAGCUUGAAAAGAGUAAAGUAUAGAUGUCUUUUGUAAUUAAAAAAUAAAAUACCUGCUUAAAAUUCAAUUAAGAUUUUUUUAUAUUAUUGAUACACUGAAAUUGAUGAAACAUUAAGGAUCAUAAUGUGUAAAAACACAAAAGAAACAUCUUUGUUUCUUCAUGUCUGGGGGAUAUCCAACCAUGCAUCCAUCUCUCUGUCUGUCUUUGUCUUUCAUGAAGGUAUU